AACCUCUAGGUGGAGAUAGUGCGCUCCCACACAUCCCACCAAUUGUUCUGUUUAAACGCGUAGAAGAAGAAGUCGACGAGGAGACAAGAGGAAGAAAAUGACAGGGCGCGCAAAAAGAAAAUCCAAAUCGGCACAGGAUGUGAGCUCCUUCAAUGGAGACGUGAAGAAGAUGAGAACUGAUGGAUCCAAAGAUGUACCGCUGUCGGGUGUGACUCCGGAACAGCGGGACGAGAUGCUGCGACUGUACGGCUUUCAGAUGCCAGAAGAUCUUUAUCACUUUUGGGAAUUCUGCAAGGAGCUUUGUCCUGAAAACCCUUGUGGUGCACUGAAAGACACAUUGGACCUGCAGCUGGUUGGACCCUUUGAAAUUCUGGCAGGAGCCCACAGAAACUCCAAGAACCCUCAGCCAAACUUCCAUCUUCACUGGAGGCAUUUCUAUGACCCGCCAGAGUUUCAGACAGUACUUCAGGGGAGUGAGGACAGCCAACAUCACAUGGGCUACUACAGAGAUACCCCUGACUCCUUUCCUUCAUUUGUUGGAGAAAAUGAAGCUAAGAAGGACUGCACCAUAUCACAAAUGGGGGAUAACUUGUUUGCUGCUGUCUAUCUGUACCUACAGAAGAAGCGGAAAGAGAGGGGAAGUAAGAAAGGAGAGACUGGAGCGUGGGAAAGCUUGGAGACCAAACUGAAGGACAAAGCUGAGUCUCUCAACUUGUCUUUAGAGCAGAAGACCAAAGCAAUGAAACAGAGGGACAAGAAGGUGGUCACAAAGACGUUCCACGGUGCUGGCAUUGUCGUUCCUGUAGACAAGAAUGAUGUAGGAUAUAGAGAACUACCUGAAACAGACGCUGGUCUGAAGAAGAUCUGUAAAGCCAUUGCAGAAGCUCGGAAUGAUGAAGAGCGCGUGAAAGCCUUUGGACCUAUCCAGGAGAUGAUCACGUUUGUUCAGUUUGCUAAUGACGAGUGUGACUAUGGAAUGGGUUAUGAGUUAGGAAUAGACCUCUUCUGUUAUGGAUCUCAUUACUUCCACAAGAUUAUAAAGCAACUUCUCCCCAUGGCAUACAACUUGCUGAAAAGAAGCUUGUUUGGUGACAUUUUGGAGGCCCACAUCUCCAGACGAACCCCAAACAACUUGGAUCAACUCUCCUUGGAAUAAAAAAGAAAGAAAAAAGAACUCUUGAACUCUUCAUGAUUUUAACAGUUUUCUGUCCACAUGGUCUUAUAUAUUUUUUUCUCUGGUCUUGCUGUUUUGGCAUCUUUUCUUGUCCUGAUGGAAUCAUUUCAGUAAUAUGUUGCUUAUGUAAGUUAGAUGUGUAAUAAAGAUUUCCUAUAUUUUU